AUGAGGUGGAAGUCCAGAACCAAUGAACCUUUAAAGCGCAACUGCUGUGGGGUAGCAGUGGCCGAGAUCCAACGUGCGAUGCUUCCGGCGCGGAACCAUCGGACAUUAUGCACGCGAAUGUACGACACCAUCACGCAUGUCUACAACGGACACGCGGUAUUGAGGACUGCAUCCCCCAGUGAGAGGGGAUCUUACAUCAAGGUGCAAGAUGACCAUCCAAUCCUUGUCAUCUUGAAGAUGCCGUCGAUGACGAAGAGGGCGGACUCUCUUCGAGUGUUGGCAGACUCGGAUGCGUCAACACCCUGUUCGACAGCAAUAUCUGCCGUUGUUGGACUUCGAGGAAAAUCAUGUGCCUCGAAGUCAGUUGGAAGUACGAUUGCAACGGGUGUCAUCGUGAAGAGCGAGAAGUGUGUAAUUUGCGCACGCUUCUCGCACAAACACCGGGUGUUUGUGGAAGAACUUCUCGUCCUGGACUUGAACUUGGACGACAAGUUUGACAUGGUGUUGGUCAUGCCGUGGCGUGCACGGCAUGAUCCUAUUAUCGACUGGGAGAAGCGUGCGGGCGUACGCUUCGAACACCGCGGUGCAACAGAGAGCGAUGGCCCUGUUAGCGCAGCGGAUACACCUAACGGUGCAUUCGAAUUUCUUUCAGAGACAAUGGCUCGUGCCGCUGUCUCCGGUCGUAGCGCGUGGAGCGCACGAGCUGUAACGACUCCGGGAGUCGUUGACAGUGAAAGAGUGUCUGACACUUCCAGAAAAUUCUCCGCUGUGAGGCGUCGAGGUGACAACAGCGUGUCGACUGCGGGAGUUGACACGCACUCGAAAUCGAAAUCGAGAGGGUACUCCGCCGCAAGUCGUCGAGGUGACAACGGUGUGUCAACUACGGGAGUUGCGACACACUGCUCCACCGUAACGCGUAGAGGUGACGACAAUGCAUCGACUCCGGGAGUAGAUGCGACAAGCUGUGUGGACGGUUUCAAACGUCCAGCACUGAAGCUUGCAUGCUGUCGUGCAGUCGGGCUGCACGAAGCAGGGUGCGAUCAAGCCGGGCUUGAUGACGCGUGCUAG